AUGCAGGAACGAGCCUCCCUCGGGACAUUUCAAUCUCCAACAUCCACCAUCAAAGUGACCACAAACCUCGUCCAGGAAGUCACAACGCCAAAUGGCGUUACAUACACGCAGGCACUUGGUCUUUUUAUCAAUAACGAGUGGGUUGCAGUCAAAUCUGGUGAGGAAAUUACUGUUAUUAGUCCCAUCGAUGAAUCUCAGAUCACCAAAGUCCAUGCCGGUGGUGCUGAUGAUAUAGACGUUGCUGUGAAGGCCGCGCGUGCUGCACUCAAGGGACCUUGGGCUGGUGUCUCUGGUAUCGUGCUGAGACUUGCCGACUUGGCUGAACAACACACCAAAACGCUUGCCUCCAUUGACACAUGGAACAACGGAAAACGGUUUUCAUCUGCAUGUGGUGACGUAGGCGAGCUGACGGACGUCCUCCGGUACUAUGCUGGCCUUGCUGACAAGCUCCACGGUCAAGAGCAGACGCCUCUUUCCGUCCUACUCUUUGCAACCCUUAUCCAACAAGCCGGAUUUCCGGCCGGAGUUAUCAACGUCGUGAAAGGUUAUGGCCGCGCCGCAGGUGCCGCAUUGGCUGCGCACGAGGAUGUGGCUAAGAUCGCCUUCACUGGAUCAACUCAGACUGGCCGCGAGAUUAUGAAGCUCGCUUCCGCUACCCUUCAAAACAUCACCCUUGAAACAGGAGGCAAAUCGCCAGCCAUCAUCUUUGGUGAUGCGGAGCUUGAGCAAGCCGUUAAGUGGUGUCGCUAUGGGGUGAUGGCUAACCAAGGUCAGAUCUGUACGGCUACUAGCCGGAUCUUGGUGCAUGAAAGCAUCCACGAUAAGUUUGUGGAUCUUUUCAUUCAAGAAGUUCAGAAGACGUCGAAGGUCGGCGACCCUUUCAGCCUUGAGACCUUCCAAGGACCCCAGGUUAACAAGGCUCAAUUUGAUCGAGUCCUGGCAAACAUCGCCUCCGGAAAGGAAGAAGGUGCCGAGUGCAAGCUCGGGGGUCAGCCUUACUCCUCGGCGACUGGAAAGGGACACUUCGUUGAGCCGACCGUUUUCACCGGUGUGAAGGACCACAUGAAGAUUUAUCGAGAGGAGAUCUUUGGCCCUUGCGUCGCAAUCAGCUCCUUCUCCACCGAAGUUGAGGCUAUUGACCGUGCCAAUGAUUCUUUCUAUGGACUGGGUGCGGCGCUGUUCACCAGGGACAUAACUCGAGCUCAUGUCCUGGCGAACAAGAUCGAGUCUGGAACGGUACGGAUCAACAGUAGCAAUGAUUCUAAUUAUCGCAUUCCUUUCGGUGGACUAAAGCAAUCGGGUAUUGGUAGGGAGCUAGGCGAAGCUGGUAUUGCUGCUUACACCAACAUCAAGGCGGUUCAUGUGAACAUGGGAAACCGGUUGUGA